GCGUGCGCAAUUGACGCAUGCGCACUAUGAGCCGGCUUGUCGUGCGUCGCAGCGUGUCGCGCAAGUCAUUGCCAAGGUCUUCUCUGGUCACGGGCAAACCGUUAUAAGUAGCGAUGGGCACGAACUAAAAUGUAAUUUUUAGACUGUAUUAUUAAAGAUCUAUAUAUAUCAUUAAAUGCUUUUAGGAUGUUAUUAAUUUAAAUUUUGAUGAUUUGAAAAAUUAUACAUCUGUAUUGAAUAAUUUACAUCCUAUAUGAUGUUGAAAUCUUCUGAAUGAACUUAUCAUAAAAGAACAUAGUAAGUACCGGAUAUUUAUUUUCAUAUUAUUUUGAAUUAACAUAUUAGAUGCGAUACAUUUUUUAUGCAAUGAUAUAUCUAUACACUAUAAUAUGCAGGAAGAAAUAGAAUACGUAAUAAUAGGAAAAAUAUAUGAAAAAUUAACGUUAAGUGUUGAGAGUGGCCAUCUUGAAAUUUGUAUUGUAUUGCAUUUGUAUUUUUUUAACACAUUAUAUAUUCAAUUUGUUUCGAUUUGAUAUUAGAUUAUGAGAAUUUCGGUUCCAUCGCUAGUCGUAAGUUGCCGGUUGAGACUGAUGCAAGGUCGACGACGAUUGUUUCAGGCGAAAAGAAAUUAUGAAAGGAAUAAACGCGCGCGUCGCGACGCCUGCGUCACGACAUCCGACGUACAUCCAUGGCCAAGGUCCUCCCCGGUCACGGGCAAUCCGUUAUACGUAGCCGGGAGCCAACACUUGCUCGAGGUCGUCCAUGACUAUCUUAUUCGCCUCAAGAUUUCCGAUUAUUUUCUUCCCUUCCUGGAACGUAUUACCGGUAUCCAUCCUUUUCUCACGAUGGAAAAGGGGUUUGGGAGUUGAUAUUGGCCCAUUCGGGGCGGCAAGUUCAAGGUUGCCACGUCCGGGCCACGUCCGGACAUGCUAACCCAAAUACGAUUACGGUCUGAGUACAGUGAAGAGCCGAGACAACAAACUCGAGAUCUAGUUGGAGUUUGCUAGGCCAAUGGGACAAGAAUCUAGCCCAAUUCCUCUUCUCAGAAUUACUUUUCUAAGUGGACAUGCGGUUUCCCGCAAUGUUUAAAAGAUUUUGCAUAUCGUUCCAUGGCUAAUGCUAUUAAUAUAUUAAUUUUUAAUUAUAU